AUCACUAGUCUACAUCACAUCCACUAUUUAACAGCAAUAGUCUUCUUCGUUAACAAAUUGUUGAAUAUUUUGGUCUGUGUUUGGUGUGUGUGUGUGGUCAGAGAUAUAAUAUGAACAAUAGUGUUUCACAUAAAACAUCAUAGUUUGGAGGCCAGGGAUGGCUAUACACUUCUAAGCCUAUCUGAUGGCUCAAGUCUACCACUGAACGUUUAUCACCCAUCAUGGUUAGACUACUGGAGAUAUAUAACUUUUUCCUGUCAUCAGGUAAUUGGGUCUAUAUGUGGUCCAUAGAAUUUCCCAAAACUAACCUCAACUGGUUAGAAUUACAUAAACACAUAAUUUUCUAAAGUAAAACUGGUAAUGAAGAUGGAUUAUUUGCAUUAUUAUCAGCAGUUUGUUUUGUGGUUCUUGUGUUUUCUGGUAGUUUUCUAUCAUGGUGGGUGCAUCAUAUGCCCUGUUCUACCCUGUGGGGAGGCAUUACAUCCAUUCUUCUUGGGGUGAGGCUUUGUUGGCCCCUUUGUUUCAUAUUCCUUGUUCCAAGUCCCAGCUCUCCCACGUUCUCUGUUGGAUGGUUUGUUUUAGCCAGCUGGCUGCAUAUCCUUGCUCUUAUGAUGUGUGAAAGUUUGCUGUUUUGAUGACAUUCUUUGUCCACAGCUAAUGUCAGUGCUCAAGGCUUCUGGGGAUCCGGCUGGGUGUUGGCCUCAAACUACUUAUUGAAAAUCAAAUCAAAUCAAAUUAAAUAUUUAUUCAAGUAAAGUACAUACAUACAAGUAGUCAAUAUGUCUGUGUUUCGAGGUGAAGUGGCUGAUGCUCCUAUCAGAAUUCUCAGUUCUGUUACUCGACAACAUUUGGCAACAAGACUUGAUUCUCGGAAGAUAUUAUUGGUGUCACGAGGAGUACACAGAGACUGGAGAGGUUUGGCAGAACAAGCAAGUCUUGAUGUGAGCAGUAUAAGCUGCUGGGGUAAAAUUUCCCCAACUGAGCAUUGUUUACACAUAUGGGGUCAAAAAGGGGGUACAGUCAUGCAGCUUUGGACAUUCCUUGAAUCAAUGGAUCGCUUUGAUGUCAUUGAUGAUACUUUGGAAAUGAUUUAUUCAGAUUAUGACAAGUGCAUGAGCCAAGGGGGAGGAGCCCUGGCAGCUUUGCCACCACCGUUGGAACAGUUGGUGACUGAUGUGUCCACUUAUGAUAGAAAUAUUCUCACUGUUGAUGACCAUAGAAACUUGAGUAUGGGACUGGGAUUACAGUACUAUGCUGCUCUUGUUUUGUUUGCUGAUGAGGACAUUGACUUUGUUCAAGAAAUGGUUGAGAAAUUGGAAGGGGAGUAUGGUCUUAAGCUUUGCCUAAAAGAUAGAGACUUAGUAGGGGGUCUACAAUUUGAGUCGGACAGCAUUGUGAGACUUAUAAUUGAGCGAUGCACUAGAGUUAUUGUCGUCUUGUCACCCGAGUUUUUAGCAUCGAGUGCCAACAAUUUCUUCAUAUUAUUUGCUCAUGCUCUCAGUGUAGAUCAGCGCCGACGCAUUGUCAUUCCAUGUCUCCACAAACCCUGUACUAAGCCUGCUAUAAUAAAUUUUUGCCACUCUCUUGACUACUAUCGUGCCAAAGGAUAUUGGAAUUAUUGGGAAAAAUUACGUGAUUCUUUAAUUUACCAGCCGCAGAUUUCAUCCAGUGAACCACGAGCAAGGAUACGCGAGGUGUCUGGCUCAUCUACGUCAUCCCAGGUGUCUGCCAGCUCAUUGAACAUUACAACUCCCUCCCCUUCACAAUCACCAAGUUUUUUCUCUAAGUUUUUAUGGAGAUCAGAUGUUAAAGGGAAGAUGAGAACUGCUUCAACUUCAUUAGAGGAUUCUAGUGAGACUGGCAAAACAUCUUUCUCUGAAAAUGAAGAUAGUCAUAUAGAAACAGAUAGUCAGAAGUCUUUACGUAGUACCAAUGGCUACCCAUGGAAUGCUGAUAUACGUAUACGAGAAACGCCUGCUGGACCUGUUCUACACCUUAACGCAUCAGCAGCUUCAGGGGAAUCUAGUGACUACACAGGCAUUUUCCAAAGAUUACCUGAUGUACCUGAAACUUGUUGCACGAGUCCCAUGAGCACUAGCAGCUCUGCCGCCUUGCUAUUACCUGAGGAAUCCACAUCCAAUCUACAGUCUUCUUCUAGGUUUUUUAAGAGAAUUUUUAAAGGGAAACAAAAAAAACACAAAGUUCCUGGCUAAAUCAUUAUAAUUUAUAUACAUCUUAUUUUAAGUUAAAUAAAUACAAUUAUAAACUCUGAAACUGAUGACAUUAAUGUGAAGCUCCGGCUUAACAUCAGCAAGACUUCUUAGAUUAAUACGUUUAGACGUGAAAUAUUCAUCUAUUUUUACUCCAAAUAUGUUUUACGAUUAAAAUUAUGAAUAUCAGACACUUUCAACACAACACGUUAGUAUGACUAUCAUAUUAUUUUGUGCUUUAAAUGUUUUAUUGAGAAAACCCAGUGGACAGAGCUUUCUUUGUAGAUAAACACAGGUAAAGAUAGGAUAAAUAUAUUAAGUAAAUUGUGAUAUACUGGAUGUGAAUUUUUAAAACAGCAUAACUGUGUAAUUCAGUGAAAAUGAAUGCCAGGCAAGCUUGAGUGUUCAAAUAAACAUAAAGAAGAACCUUUCCUUCCAUUGAUGCUGCUUUUGCUUAGGCCACAGUGAAGUAAAGUAGCACUUUGUGAUUUACAUUUUUUAAAUUUACCAUUAUUCAGCAUUUGCUGCUUUUUCAUUUAUCUUUGCCUAGUCACUUUCCAUUUUAUUAUAAGUUGAUGUAUAGUGCUUUCAAAGGUAAAUCAUUUGCACAUAUUCACACUUUAGUGCAAGAAAGUGGUGACUUCUUUUGACUUCAAAACCAAACCAAUUCUGUAGAAUUUUUUAGACAUUGUUCUAAGUGCUUCUUCAAAAGCAUUUAAUAUUUGAAAGUGCUGUAGCUUAGUCUGUUUAUAAUUUUGGUUAUGGCCACCCAUCCAACUAUUUCCCAAAUGCAGCAAGGCAUACGCUAUUACCUCUGGCUGCAUCACUUCCUAUACGAAAAGAUGCAGCCAGAGGGCGUACCCUGAUGGACAGAUGUAUCAUGGUGUGGUAUGAACAUAAAAAAUAUCAUUAGUGGUAUGUAUAAGGGGUAAUCUGGGAAGUAUGUGUGACAUUAGAAUAAUAGAUAAAGCAAGGAAUGAAAAUGUCGUAAAAUGAUGUGGCAUGCGUGCAUGCAUCUGUAAAUCAAAAGAUUUAGUAGAAUAAAGGAUGAUAUUUUGGA